AUGGACCACUGUGAGCUACACCACCUCUUAACAGACAAUCAACACGGCUUUAUUAAAGGAAGGUCCACAACAUCGGCCAUUAUUAAACUUGCGGAAUUUAUCAUCGAUAACCUAGAAGAGAAAAACAUAGUCACAAGUAUCAUGCUGGACUUCAGCAAGGCAUUUGACUGCCUGGGGCACGAGCUGAUCCUCUACAAACUCGAACAACUUGGAAUUAAAGGACAUGCUAAAGAGUGGUUCAAGAGCUACCUGGAGGGGAGAAGCCAGACAGUUGAGAUUCAAUGCAGACACAAAAAUCUCUCACAAACACUGAGAUCAAACCCCCUGCCUGUCAAGAGAGGCGUGCCUCAGGGCUCAGUGCCUCGGACCAGUCCUAUUCAUCCUCAUGACUAA